AUUCUUUGGUGGAGUCUCGCUGGAAAAGGUUGUGUAGCUUGUGUAUUUGGGGAGAUGCUUCAUCAUUUCACACCAAUUCUCACUAGCUUUCGACACGCACUCCGAUGAUGUCAACGUGUCCAGAAGGAGGAGAUAGUCACCCAAACCGGAAUAGAUCCCAUAAGACUGUGCAGUGCUGAGUGAAUUCUAUUUUUAUGAAGUGAAAGGUCAAAAAUAUCAGCCUUGACGAAUUGGUGAAGUGCAAAAAAAAAUAUAUUUUAAAAUUCACGAAUGAAUUGCAAGUACAAAGAGUUACAAAAAGUCUGUAUAUUGGGCAAUAUUGGCCUCUUUUAGAGAACCCUCAAAGUGCUAUUUGAGUAUUUGUUCUUUGAAGAAGUUGACUGGAGAAAAAUUAGUUAACCGUGCACUGACCUCAAUCCGCCACAGUCCGCAAGAGAGACUCGGGAAAUCUUGGGAAUCAACAAAUGUUAUUGUCUUGGAGCACAGUGUGAGGGAGAAGAAGAAAAAGAGUCCCACAAUCACUAAUGAGUCAUUGUUGUAGCUGUAAAGUUGUGCACAAGUCCAUUUGGGAGGAAAGUGUUGUUGUGAAAUAGUGUGGAAAAAUUUUAUUGAAAUGGAGUGGACAAGAGUGACAAUUUUUGUCAUCAUCUUCUGCCUGGGAAGUCUCUUGGCCACUGGACAACUCAUCAACAGAAUACCCCAUUUUAUACCAGGGUCUGGAGACAUGUCUCGCUUCAGUCUGUCCGAAAACACUCCAGUUGGAAGCCCCGUAUACCAGUUAAGAGGUGUCGAUCCUGAAGGGAGUGAUCUUCGGUACAGCAUUUCUGGGCCAAUUUUCACUGUUGAUCGAGAUACUGGAGUUGUACGUCUGCGACAAGAACUCGAUCGCGAGACACAAGACUUGGUGGAGGUGAUCAUUAGCAUCACAGAUGAAGGUGUUCUCGGUACAGAGCCCAACACCGUAUCUUUAAGAAGGGAAAUUCCCAUCAGAGACUACAAUGACAAUCCACCAAUCUUCUCAGGAAGGCCAUAUUCUGCAUCACUGAGUGAGUCUACCCCUGUUGGAAGUGUGGUGAUCAUCACACCGCCAAUUAUUGUCACGGAUCGCGAUGAAGGGAUCAAUGCAGAUGUGACGAUCUCCUGCUUCUCAGAAACAUCAAUGGACACUUAUAGUGUUUGCGAUGUAUUCAGCGUGACCACCGAGAGGAAUUCUGAGGGGAACUUUACAGCAACUAUUAGAUUAAUCAAGCCUCUAGAUUUUGAAACUCGUCCUUCAUACCUUCUCACGCUAAAGGCAAAGGAUGGUGCAUUUUCUAAUCCGUUGACUGCUCUAGCAAGUGUUGCGAUAAAUGUUAUUGAUGUCCAAGAUCAACCUCCAGUUUUUGUCAACGCUCCAUAUUCAGCUACGAUUGCAGAAAAUACCCCUGCAGAUACAUCAGUAAUGACAAUCAAAGCCAUGGAUGGCGAUACAGGGAAUCCUAGACCUAUCAUCUUAACUCUCGAUCGAGAGAAUAAUCACCAUUUCCGCUUGGAACCAACCGGCGAUGGUGCAGCAAUUCUGAUGACUACCAAAGUCCCUCUCGAUCGAGAAGAUCCUGAUGUCUUGCAAAAUGGCGGGGUUUAUACCUUCAACAUUAAAGCUACAGAACUUAUUAAUGGAGAAGUCCCUGCUGAUGAAACCCUAACUCAAGUAACUGUAGUUUUGACUGAUGUAGACGACCAUCGUCCAAUGUUCAAUGCUCCUGAAUUUCGCAUUGAAAUCCCCGAAAACCUUGACUACGACACACCCCUACCAGGGCUCUCUGUGUACGUAUUAGACCCGGAUUUGGGUCCAAAUAGUAGAUAUAAUUUGUCUCUGGAAAACGUGAAGAAUGCUGACGGUGUUUUUACAGUAAGUCCUACUUAUGGCGAAGGAAGAACACCUCUAGUCGUUAAAGUUGUGAAUCCCAACCGCUUAGAUUACGAUGUUUCCAAUGAGGACCUCAGAACUCUGGUGUUCGAUUUAACAGCUUCAGUGGGAGGAGAGAAACAAGCCUCUUCGAGAGUAACAGUUCAUCUUCAAGAUGCAAAUGACAAUGCUCCAAUAUUUACAGACUCUAGCUUUCAUUUGAAAGUAGAGGAAAAUGCUAAAGUAGGGUUCCAAGUCGCGCAGAUUCAAGCUUCAGACAGAGACUCUGGUAUCAAUAAAAAACUCAGAUAUAUCCUAAAAGGAUUUGGAUCAGACAAUUUCUAUACGGAUCCCGAAACUGGAGGAUUGUACGUGAAGAAGAAUCUAGAUUAUGAGGAACAGAAGAGCUACAGUAUGGCCCUAGCAGCUGUAGAUGGGGGUGGUUUGGAAACUAAUGCUAAUUUGUUUAUUGAUGUGAUUGACCUAAAUGACAAUUAUCCUGAAUUUGAAUCUCUCGAGUACACUCGUACCAUCCGAGAAGGUGCCACAGAAUUUGAGCCACAAUUCUUUGUCCGAGCUACAGAUGUCGAUGGACCUAGUCAAGGUGGUGGUAGGGUUGCUUACUCAAUUGAAGCUGAGAACAGUAUCUCAGGACGGGUAUUCAGCAUAGAUAGGGACUCUGGGGAGAUUGGUAUUUUAACUUCAGUAUCUUCAAUGGAUACAGAAAGGGGACAAUAUGAACUGGUGGUUGCUGCUACGGAUUACGGAAAGCCACCCUUGAAGAACACCACAAGGGUUCUUAUACGUGUGGGCUUGUCCGGAAACCAACGUCCUAUCUUCAAGGGUCAUUUUUCAUCACUUCACACAGCCAUUCCUGGACCACCGAGCUACCGUGUAUCUAUUCCUGAAAAUGCCAAGCCCGGCUUCAAUGUCACCACUGUCUCAGCUUCUGACCCAGAUGGCAUUGACGCGUUAUUGCAGUACAAGAUUGUGGGAGCAAGUGAUAAUUUUGAAAUUGACGAAGACACUGGUCUUUUGACGGUGUCAACACAGGCGAGGCUCGAUCGUGACUCGAAUGCCGAUAGUUACACAAUUGUUGUGAAUGCUAUUGAUGCCGGAUUCCCAAUUCCAGAAACAGCAACAGCAACUGUUUUUGUGAAGAUACAAGAUGUUAAUGACAAACCACCCAAGUUCAAGCAGCCUAAUUAUUCAGCAUACGUAUCAGAGAGGGCAGAAAUUGGUAGCAAAGUUCUAGAUAUCACAGCCACAGAUACUGAUUUAAAUGCCGAUCUCGAGUACACAAUAAUAGAGCCUAUCAGGGCCACCUCAAAGACUGGUCUACAGCUCACGUCCACUCAUACAUUUAACUACAAACAAGCCUUCAGAAUUGAUCCUAAAAAUGGAAGUCUAUUUGUUAACUCCACACUGGAUUACAAUUUAGCUUCGGUGAUUAUCCUCACAAUUAAAGCCAGGGACACCAAAGCAGAAUACAACAUUGAGAAGCAGGUGGCCACAACAGAGGUGACUCUCUACAUUCAGUCCUUUAAGGAUACCAAUCCAGUCUUUAAGAAUAAGGGUUGGACUAGCACCAGGCCAGUUAUUUAUAAGAGUGUCAAGGAAGAAAUGCCAAUUGGGAGCAUUCUGUUUACUUUAAUGGCUGAUGAUCCGAUAACAGAGGAACCUAUAGGUGACUUUGAACUUGUUUCUCCUGAUACAGGAGGAUACAUUGGAGUUAGCAAUAAAAAUGGCGACAUUCUUUUGAAGAAACGGCUAGACUAUGAAAGCCUUACCUUGCCAUAUGUGUUGUUCUCAGUCAAGGCUACAAGUAGGGAUGGUCAGAGAAGUACAGUCACGAAUGUGAACAUCACAGUUUUGAAUGUAAAUGACAAUAAUCCAAUAUUCUCAAGUAAAAUCUACAAAGCCACAAUUAUGGAAUCUGUGAAAUUCCCAGAGAAGAUCGCAACAGUUUUGGCUCGUGAUAGUGAUGCAGUUUUAACAGAGAGAGAUGAAGUCAAUGGAUAUCACAAGAUUAGUUAUUCAAUUGCUGGUCAACAUUCUCAAUUCUUCACAAUUAAUAGCACAACAGGAGAGAUUGUGGUUGCAGCUAAUCAGACCAUUGAUCGUGAAAAGCAGUCCGUUCUGAAGUUCAUUGUUCAAGCUGAGGAUGCUUUAGGAAAACCUUCUGAUUCUCGAAAAACCACAUCAGAUGUUGUAAUUGAUGUACUGGAUGUCAAUGACAAUCCACCGACUUUCAGCCUAAAAUCUUACAGUGCUGUGAUCCCGGAAAAUGUCCCUAUCGGAUCAUCUGUGAUCAAUAUUUCUGCCACAGAUCCGGAUGAAGGUCUAGGGGGUGAAGUUCGGUAUGAUCUUCUGAAUGAGGAUGAAGCGAAUGGUCUUUUGAGGAUUAAUCCGGUAUCAGGAAUGAUUGAGACAAAGGCUCAACUCACUGGAAAGGGUCGGUCAGAGCCUUAUCAUCUCAUUAUACGGGCUCAAGAUAAUGGUGGUCAAAUCCCAAAGCAGGAGUCUCUAUACAGUGAUGCUUUUUUCACCCUCUACAUCGGAGAUGUGAGUGCUAAUGAUGGGAUUCCCUUUUUCAUUGCACCUCAUGUGGGUCAGAUUGCUAAUGUGACUGAGAACGCAACUAUUGGAUCUCCGGUCUUUCAAGUAAUUGCUAGUGAUCCGGACAGUCCUGCAACGCCAAGUGGAAUGCUCCGGUUUAAGAUCCAGAACGAUACUGAUGAUGCCAAAGCCUUUAGGAUCAACAGUAAAACUGGUCUUAUCACCACAACUCAGCCUCUGGACAGAGAAACCCAGUCCUAUUACAGUGUUAUCAUUGUAGUUGCGGACAAGGGAGACCCUCCCCAGGCUUCAACUAGAGUACUGAGAAUCAAUGUCUUGGACAUUGAUGAUCACAAGCCGAGAUUUGUCAGGGAAAUACAUGCUCCUCCAUUUGAAAUUGAGACUCCAGAAGAGCAAAGUUUGGGUUCAAUUGUUGGAAAUAUAUCAGCAGUUGAUGAAGAUAUAGGAGAAAAUGGAGCAAUAGACUAUGAUAUUAUCGAUGGGAAUCAGGAGAAUCUCUUCAAAAUCUCUCGAACAGACAACAGCACUGCUAUGAUUCUGGUCAAUGGGAGGCUGGAUAGGGAAUCAGUUGAAUCUUACCUCUUAACUAUUAAAUGCUUCAAGUUGACGAGCAAUCCUCGAAUUUCCAGGAAACCCUACAAUGCCUUCGAUAUGUCAGAGAUCCAGGUGUUGAUAAAAAUACAGGAUGUAGAUGACCAUCUUCCGGAAUUCCAUCCUGCAAAUCAAACUCUUGGGGUGCGACACAAUGUACCUAUUGACAUGUCCCUUCUAACUGUUGCGGUUAGCGAUAGGGAUCCAGAUGCCCUUCCAAUAAGACUGGACCUCGUCAAUGUUUCAUACACCCCUCAGUUCUACAAGAGAAGCAACAAAUCUCAGAACUUACGAUCACUCUUCUCUCUGGACAUUCAGACAGGAGAGAUUCGAACUCUCAAUAGUUUGAGUGACUAUGUUGAUGGCUUCUUUGACCUUACGAUUAGGGCUAAUAAUUCCAACUCCUCAACUAGAUUCACAGACAAUGUUAUUAAGUUGUUUAUCAUCAGGGACAAGUCUCUUCUGAGGUUUGUUUUCUCAAAGCCCGCUGUGGAGGUACGGGCCUUGAUAGGGGAAUUUAGUAAAAUUGUGCAGGAGAAACUCCAAGCAUCUGCACUCGAACUGCAUGUCUUUGACACUCAUGUCUUGUCCAAAGCUGAUCACAGUUUGGAUUUUAGCUCUACAAGUUCCUGCUUCCAGUUAACACGUCAUGGAGCAGCCCUACCUCCUGCAGAAAUGCAGAAGAUCAUGGAUUCUGAAGAGAUCAGAGAUCUUUUGACUGAAACUUAUGUUGAAUAUUCAGUAUCAGCUGUAGAUUCUUGUGCAGUUAAGAGAAACCUUGCCACGGGGAACCUUAUGUCAUCUUCAGGAACUUGGCUGGUUAUUCUGGCUGCUCUCAUUGGGGUGGCAGCCCUCAUUGCAACUUGCACUUCGUUCUGCUUAUUUAGAAGAUUCAAGGUGCAGACAAAGAGAUUUCUAACACCGCGAGUUCCGCCAGAGCCUUAUGGCGCAGGGGCUCCCGUUCUCUAUGGGCCAUUCUAAUGGGAGUCAAACACCUCAAGACGAACGCCACCAAAUGUGAUUUAUUUGUAGAGAUUGUGAAUGUGGAAGAAAUAUAAAGUUUAUCAAA